AUGAAUUUUGGAACAUGGAACGUACAAGGAAUGAAAGAUAAGGUGGUGGAAAUCUCCCGAGAAUGCGAAAGUCUUAGGAUGGAUAUUGUUGUUUUAACGGAAACAAAGAAAAAAGGAAUAGGAUCAGAAAUUUUAGAUAAUUAUGUACACAUAUUCGGAGGAGUUCCAAAAGAUCAAAGAGCCAAAAGAGGCGUUUCGCUAUUGAUUCACAAAAAACACAAACAUAAAAUAACAGAUUUUGAGUCCGUUAGUGAAAAUAUCAUCCGGGUCAAUAUGAACCUGUUUCAGACUCCAGUGACAAUCUUAGGCGUAUAUGCAGUAUCCAAUGAUGAGCCCUCGAAUAUUAAAGAUGAAUUCUUUGAGAGAAUGAACGACGAAAUAUCUAAGAUAGGAAAAUCAAGAGAGGUUAUUCUGCUUGGAGAUCUGAACAGUAGAGUAGGACAGAGGGUGCAGAGCAAAGUGGUUGGUCCAUAUGGGGAGACAACACUCAACGAUAAUGGUGAAAGACUAAUUGACAUAUGCGACAGUCAUCAACUUAAAAUACAGAAUGGAUUCUUCAAACACAAAGACAUUCACACUUACACUUGGGUACAACAUACGAGAAAUUUAAGAUCUAUUAUUGACUAUAUAAUAACAUUACAGAACACCAGAGUGCAAGUGAAGGAUGUUAGAGCUUACAGAGGUGUUACAUGUGGGUCAGACCACUACAUCGUUAGAGCCAAGAUGUUGUUUCCUUAUAAACAUGUAAAUCUUAGGAAAACUCGAUUAACCGAUGAGACUGAAGAAAUUACCUCGAAAAAUUAUAACACUGAAGGCCUGAUGCAUGACAGCAUACGAACACUAUACCAGCAGAGAUUAGAUCAGAAACUGGAGGACUGGACUGAGAAGUCUGUAAGCGAAGUGUAUCGGAACAUAAUAAAUAGUAUUCAAACAGCAGCGGAGGAAUCCCUUGGUAUUAAGAACAGAUUGCAAAAUAAUAAACUUUGGUGGAAUGACGAAAUAGAAGAGUUGAUAAGGAGAAAAAAACAGCUGUACCAAAAGUGGCUGAAUACACAAACCGAAGAAGAUAGAGGAUCUUAUAUGGAAAUGAAAAGAUUAACAAGGCGGACCAUUUCAGCGGCGAAAAGACAAAUGUGGGAUAAGAAAUGUAUGGAGAUCAAUACAUACCUGGGAGGAUCUGAGUGUUCCGAGACAUGGAAGUUCAUUAAGAGAGUUAAAUCCAGUGGAAGAAAUCAGGCAGGAAUACAGAUAAUACCGACGGGAAAAUGGAUAAACCACUACGAACAACUGCUGACAGAGAAUAGAAGUCAAUAUAAUACGAUCUCACCGUCAGAAAUAUCGGUCAAAGGAGAGGAAAUAAACAUCGACGUUGCCACACUCGAAAGGGCUCUAACUAAAUUGAAAAAUGGCAGGGCGACAGGUCCAGAAGGCAUACCAGCAGAACUGAUAAAAAAUGGAACAAGAAAACUCUUCGAAGCCCUGACCUGGUGUGUGAACAAGUUCAUAAAUGGUGCUCCAAUACCAGAACAAUGGAAAAUAGCCUAUAUUUCCUCAAUACAUAAGAAGGGAGAUAAACUGAACUGUGGUAAUUAUAGAGGCAUUUCAGUGACGAGCACAAUGAGUCGCCUCUAUGGAAGGAUUCUCCGAGAUCUUAUAGAAUCCGAAUACAGCGAUCAAGAGGAGGAGGAACAAUCUGGGUUCAGAGCUGAUAGAACAUGCACUGAUAACUUUGUUUGUUGGUAUAUUUAUUCCAUUAGUUUAUUAUUGUAUUAG